AGAGAGAGAGAGAACAGGUCAAGUUUGUGAAGUACUGAACAGUAGGGUGAAAUUUGCGAGAAAGCUGAAAUGAUUAUGAUGGAGCUUUGAUUAUAAGCAUUAUUAAUUAAAAUAUUAGAUUUAAAAAAUAUUUUUUGCUUCAGGUAGAAUCAAGUAUGGAUGAAGACUCGGAUUUGAUCCAAUAAGGGUAUCACUGUAGCAGCAGCUGCUGCCCAUGAGAAGUUGAGAAAAGGAAGACCUUCUGGUGUUUUAGUCUGACCCCGGUAAAUAAGGCCCUAAGACGAAGCAGAAGAGAGAGGAAGCUCUACUCCACAUUGAAAUCUUCCUGUUGGGUAAGCGUAAUUGGAUUACUGCUGCACUGAUUUCUGUCCUUCUGUUACUUCGUAAGUUGGGAGUGCAAAUGCAACGCUGAUAUCAGAUACUCCAAUUUUCUUUGCUGUUGGGCGUACUCUUCGUCUGUUUUCUGGAAUUCACGAUCAUAAAUGGAUCCAUUGGCUGAUGAGCAACUAGAUUAUGAAGAUGAGGAGUAUGGUGGGGCUCAAAAGAUGCAGUUUCAGGGAGGUGGAGCCAUUUCUGCGCUAGCAGAUGAUGAGCUGAUGGGGGAAGAUGAGGAAUAUGAUGAUCUUUACAAUGAUGUCAAUGUUGGAGAGGGUUUCCUGCAGUUGCAUCGGCCUGAGGCACCAGUUCCACCAGUUGGAGUCAAUGGGGAAGUUCAAGCUCAGAAAACUGAUGUUCCUGAGCCAAGAUUGGAAGCAGGUGGCUCACAGGGACCAAGUGUUCCAGGGGUAAAAAUCGAUGGAAAAUACUCUCUUCCAGGAGGUCCUUAUCCUGAGCAGCAGAAGGAUGGGCUGACAGCUGUGACGAGACUAGAAAUGGGAUCAGUUGAUUACCGGGAUGGGGCUUCAGUCUCACAGAAAGGUAAGGUUUUGGAGAUGACUCAUGAUGCUCAAGUGAGAAAUAUAAGUCUUCAUGGAUCGGUGCCCGUGCCUCAGAAAGCUGGUAUUGGUCCCACUAAUAUGUCGACAAAAAGUGCCAGUGAGCCUGUACCGUUGCUGAAUACCGGUGCUGCUGGUUCUAGAGGUGUUCCGCAGUUGCCAACUAAUCAAAUGGGUACUAAUGUUAAUAUGAACCGCCCAGUGGCAAAUGAAAAUUCGAUCCAGCCAGCUGUAGAGAAUGGUGGGACAAUGCUAUUUGUGGGAGAACUACAUUGGUGGACAACUGAUGCAGAGCUUGAGAGUGUGUUGUCUCAAUAUGGGAGAGUCAAGGAGAUUAAGUUUUUUGAUGAGAGAGCUAGUGGUAAAUCCAAGGGCUAUUGUCAAGUUGAAUUCUAUGACCUUGCAGCUGCAGCAGCAUGUAAAGAAAGAAUGAAUGGUCAUGUUUUCAAUGGGCGAGCUUGCGUGGUAGCAUUUGCUUCUCCACAAACUUUGAAGCAGAUGGGAGCCUCUUAUUUGAGCAAAACGCAAGGCCAGACCCAGUCUCAGUCCCAGGGAAGGAGGCCUAUGAAUGAUGGGGCGGGGAGAGGAGGUGGCAUGAAUUACUCAGGUGGAGAUGCAGGGAGGAAUUAUGGAAGAGGGGGAUGGGGACGAGGAGGACAGGGGAUACUCAACAGAGGCCCUGGAGGUGGACCAAUGAGGGGAAGAGGGGCUAUGGGGGCAAAGAACAUGGUUGGGAACGCAGUUGGGGUUGGAAGUGGUGCCAGUGGAGGAGGUUAUGGACAGGGCAUUGCAGGGCCGGCUUUUGGGGGACCUAGUGGUGGUUUGAUGCAUCCUCAGAGUAUGAUGGGUGCUGGAUUUGAUCCAACAUAUAUGGGUCGUGGAGGCGGUUAUGGAGGGUUUUCAGGUCCUGCUUUUCCGGGUAUGCUUCCUUCAUUUCCGGCUGUUAAUACAAUGGGACUUGCUGGGGUGGCUCCGCAUGUCAACCCAGCCUUCUUUGGUCGGGGAAUGGUGGCAAAUGGAAUGGGAAUGAUGGGUACCACCGGGAUGGAUGGACAUCAGGCAGGAAUGUGGACUGAAACCAGCAUGGGUGGAUGGGGAGGGGAAGAGCAUGGUCGAAGGACAAGAGAGUCAAGUUAUGGUGGUGAUGAUGGUGCUUCUGAAUAUGGCUAUGGGGAUGUAAACCAUGAGAAAGGAGUAAGGUCAAAUGCUGUGUCCCGGGAAAGGGAUCGGGGUUCUGAGCGUGAAUGGUCGGGGAAUUCUGAUAGGAGGUACCGUGAUGACAGGGAACAGGAUUGGGAUAGGUCUGAUCGGGAGCACAGAUAUAGGGAGGAAAAAGAUGGUUACCGCGAUCAUCGACAAAGAGAACGUGACUUGGGUAAUGACGAUGACUGGGAUAGGGGGCAGUCUUCUUCAAGAUCUCGGAGCAGAUCCAGAAUGGUGCCAGAAGAAGAUCACAGAUCCCGGUCAAGGGAUGUAGAAUAUGGGAAGAGAAGACGCCUACCGUCAGAGUGACACAAUUAUGCUGUUUCUCCUCCUUUGGCAGGUUUUCGAUGACCUAAAUAUCAGUGUCUCUGCAUAGUUUCUAAAAUGCAUCUACCAGCAUUCCUUCUGAUUUCUGAUGGCCCCAGAUGCUGAGUGUGCCAGUGUGGCCUUUAGUGGGAAAAAGUAAGUUCGACUCCUGUUGGUAGGAGGGAGAAAUAGAUUCCCAGAUGCUUUCAUUCCACCCCAUAGAACAUCAUUAGAUGCAACACUUAAUACUUGUGUGGUAACAAACAAUUAUUUGCUUUUAGUAGCAUGCCAAUGUGGGUUUUCUUUGUGGGGUUGAACUCCUGGUAUACCCCAGCUGGAUAUCCCAUUGGUUUUUAUUAUUUAUAUUUAUCUUACACGAUCCUCUCUCCAAGACAAUUUCUUUUGGGGGUGUGUGACCUGUAUACUUGGACCUUCUUGCUGUUUUAUAGUAUUGUGGGAGUUAGAUGUC